AUGCCUGACGAAGAAAAAGCAGAGGUUUUCAAACUACUUGAUCAGUUGUACCCUGAUCAGGCAACGGCUAUAGAAGCAUUAUACCGUGCAAUCGACUACGUAAAAACACUUAAAUUUGAGCAUCGAAUUUUGCCAAUUCUGAAAAGUCGAUCGGAUCGUCUCGAACAAUGUUGGAGUCAAUGCGAAGAACUAAAUCAGAGUAUCUGCUCAUAUGCCACUCAAGCCGGCACAAAUCAAGGAAGCUACUUCACGGAAAAACAAUUUCAAAAUGCCGAGGUAGAGUACAUCAGUGCCAAGGACCAAGUAGCCAUCUGGACUCAUGCAGCCAACCCACCAACUCGACAAUUGACGGAUCGGCUGGUCGGCGCGGAAAUCAACGUCAAUCUACCCAGGUUAAGCAUACCUUCUUUCUCCGGUCAACUCACAGAAUGGGUGCCGUUUCGUGACUCAUUCACAGCGCUUGUGAGAUCAAACGCGUCAUUAAGUGAUAUCGAAAAAUUGCAUUAUGUGAAAGCCUGCGUCAAAGGCGAAGCGAGCGAAAUAAUUCGUAACGUACAACUUGCUCACGGGAAUUUUAAUACAGCAUGGACUUUACUCGAAGCUCGGUAUGAAAAUAACCGAAUUGCCACUAGUGCACACUUUUCGGAAAUUUUAAAAAUAGAGCCCAUUAAAAAGGAAUCGGCUUCCAGUUUGUUGUAUUUACGAAAUACUGUUCAACGUAACCUCGCGGCUUUACAGAAUCUUGGGUGUCCUACUCAAUAUUAUGGCGCAAUUAUUAUUCAUAUCCUUACGGAAAAACUUGAUCCGCAAACUCAGCGUGACUGGGAGGUUAGUAUUGCUUCUACUACUACCUUACCUCAAUAUGACACCUUUGAUAAAUUUUUACUAGAACGAAUUCGGGUUUUAGAAUCUCUCGGUCAAGCUGAGUUUCAAAAACGAAAUGUUCAUUCAAAUCAAAAACAAGUAAGCAAUCAGUCACAGAACCGGUACGAUAAAUCUAAACAUAUGGAAGUAACAUCGUAUAUUGUAACUCAACCUGGGUUGUGUCCAGUAUGUGACAGCGAUCAUAAAAUCUAUGGUUGUUCAAAGUUUGCAGGCAUGUCUGUGACUGACCGCUUUGAUCAAGUGCGUUCGUUGAAUUUGUGUUUAAACUGUUUAGGUAAAAGGCAUAAAUCCAUAGACUGUCAGAGCUCAGGAAGCUGCAGGAAAUGCAAAAAGAAGCAUCAUACUAUGCUUCAUAGAGAAACACCUUAUCAAAAUAAUUCAAAUAAUGAGAAUUCACCUGCCCAGGGUCAAACGCAUCCGAUUGCUGACAAUCCCAUCCAAACUCAUAUUUCAAUUCAAAGGCCACUUCAAUCCCAAAAAGUACUGUUAGCCACCGCCAGGGUUUGGGUGUCGUCUCACACUGGUCGGAAAAUUCAAGUUCGCGCGUUGCUUGAUCAAGGGUCAACUUGGUCAUUCUUAUCUCAUAAAGUGGCGGUUGCAUUGGGAUCUCCUUUGAGCAAUAUAGCUGCAUCAAUGACAGGAUUGGGUGGCACCCCAGCUGGUAGUACAUCUCAUGCUAUCAACAUUAAAUUGUUCAAUCAGACUCACCAGCUUGUGUGUCAAACUCAAGCCUUAGUCCUACCCACAAUCACCUCGUAUUCUGCUCAUGCACCUGGUCCAUUGACCAAGUGGACUCACCUUAAAGGUUUAAAUUUUGCUGAUGAUCUUUCAGCCACUGAUGAAAUUCAAUUACUCAUCGGGGCUGAUCUAUACGGUUCUAUUUUACUUAAUAAAAUACGCAAAGGAAGGAUCAACGAACCGGUUGCUCAACAAACAGUCUUUGGAUGGGUUGUGUUAGGUCCCUGCUCUAAUGUGAACCCCACUAUAGAGUUAUCUGUCCCAGUGCAUCAUUCAAUAGCAGUAAAUGAUCUUGAUCAGUUACUUCAGAGAUUUUGGGAAGUUGAAAGUCUUCCUCAACAACCCAUCAUUUCUCCCGCAGAUGAAGAGUGUGAAAUGCACUUUCUCAAAACUCAUUCGCGAACCAAUGAAGGACAAUAUGUAGUUCGUAUACCAUUCAAGUUCAAUAUGGCUCCACAGGUAGGACAAUCGCGAUCAAUCGCAGAACGUUUACUCAAGAAAGUCGAAACGCGUCUAAGUUAUAAUCCAGCACAUCAGUUGCUUUAUUCUGAGUUCAUGAAUGAUUAUGAGUCUCUCGGCCAUAUGACUCGCGUUGACAGUGGUCAGUCGAAUAAAUCUUCGAUAAUUUAUAUACCCCAUCAUCCCAUUAUUCGUGAUCAAAAUCCAACAACAAGGCUAAAAGUAGUGUACAAUGCAUCAUGCAAAACAUCUAAUGGUAAUCUGAACUCUUCCUCAUCUUAA